AUGGGUUUAAUUUCAAUAGCAAUUAUAACCAUAGUGUUUUUAGCAAUUUAUUCUUUUUAUAAAAAGAACUUUGAUCCGAAAGAAAAAUUAAAAGGACCAUUGCAAUUACCAAUCUUUGGAAGUUUAUUAUCAUUGGGAAAAUUACCUCAUCAUACUUUGAUGAGAUGGGCCAAUAAAUAUGGAAAGGUAUUCCGACUCUAUAUGGGUGAUUACAGAACUGUUGUUGUUAGUGACCCUGUCAUGAUUCGUGAAAUAUGGGUAAAAAACUUUGAAAUCUUCUCUGAUAGACCACAUCUUCCUACCUUCGAGUAUUUGAGUGAUGGUUACCAUGAUCUCUCUUCAUCUGACUAUACCCUUUGGAAACACAAUCGUAGCAUUGUUGGUAAUGCCUUCUCAAAGAUGAAAUUGAAGAAUGUUGGAACUCACCUCGACAGACAAUGUAAAUUGUUGUUAAAAAGAAUGAAGGAAUUUCAAGAUUCUGGUGAAGUUUUUUAUCCAAGAAAUCAUUUAAAGAAAUUCUCUUUGAAUAUUAUUCUAUCGAUGGUAUUCAGUGAGGAGGUUUCUUAUGACGAAGGUGUUAGUGGAAGAGUCUUGGAACAGUUGAUUAAACCAAUGGACCGUAUCUUCGAACUUAGUGGAACUGGAAAUCCACUAGAUUUCAUAAAGAUUUUGGGACCCGUUUCAAUGUUUCUCAUUAAACUCAUGGUUCAAAAAGAUUACCAUUUGAUUAAAGGAUAUCUCAGUCAAUUAUACGAAGAACAUCUCAAGAAUGUUGAUCCUAACAAUCCCAGAGAUUUGUUUGAUCAAAUCAUCACAUCCGAAUAUCCAUCCGCCAAAGAAAAGAAUAUCUUAGGUAUUAGUAGCGACAUGAUCUCUGCCGGAACAGACACAAGUGCAACUACUUUGUUUUGGUUCUUUUUGUACAUGUGUAACAACCCACACAUCCAGGAGAAGGCAUAUAACGAAAUCAAAGAUAUCGUUGGUUCAGAUAAAGAAGUUCUUUUGUCUCAUAGAAUUAGUACUCCCUAUACCUACGCCAUUAUCAAAGAGAUUUUGAGAAUUCGUCCUAUCGGACCAUUGAGCAUCCCAAGAUCAUGCAAUGAGGAUUGUCAAAUCGGUGGCUUUGAAUUCUACAAAGGUGACCAAUUAAUCAUGAAUAUCUUUGCUGUGCAUCAUGACGAGCAAUACUGGACUGAACCAGAUAGAUUUAUACCAGAGAGAUUCUUGUCAAACAAUCAUGCAGAAUAUUGGAUUCCUUUCAGUAUUGGACCAAGAAAUUGUGUUGGAUUAAAUUUGGCUUUGGACGAAAUCUAUAUCGCUGUUGCCAAUAUCUUGUUCAACUACAAGAUCACAUCUGAAUCCGGUAAUCUAAUCGAUGAUACUGAGGUCUUUGGAUUAACUACUCAUCCAAAUGAUUUCGGUGUAAAGUUGGAGUCAAGAUUCUAA